GUGUGUGUGUGUGUGUGUGUGUGUGUGUGUGUGUGUGUGUGUGUGUGUGUGUGUGUGAGAGAGCAUUAAAGAUCGAAUGUAAGACUGCAUUUCCACACACAGUGUCUCUGCUUAAGGAGAGUUAUUAAAAAUGCUGGUGUGUUUUUAUCUUCUCCUUCUUCUUCACAUCACUGAAGGCUGCAGUCUGAAAGGAAAUAAAGAGACAGAACAGAUCACUGCAUACACAGGAGACUCAGUACUGCUGCCCUGCUCCUGCACUGAGCUCCACAGAAAACCUGAGACAUUCACAUGGAAGAAAAAUACAGAUAGAUAUAACUGGGCACAGAUAUCUCCUGAGAGUGAUGAGUACAAAGAGAGAUUUCAGCUGGUUAAUGAUCACUCUUCAGGAAAUCUCUCUCUGCUCAUAUCACACCUGACUGAACAGGAUGGAGGACUUUACAGGUGUAAUGUUAAAGGGGGUGACUACAGAGACGUCAGACUCACUGUUAAAGAUUGCAGACUGAAUCAACAGACAGUGGAUCUGACUGGAAUCGUGGGACAAUCUGUCCUUCUGCCCUGCUCCUGCUCUGAACUACAAGCCAAACCACACACUUUCAGAUGGAUAUUUUAUAUAGGAUCUGAUGUCAUAAAGAUCUCCCCAAAGGUGCAGACAAAUCUCCACACAGACAGAGUUCAGUUCUUUAAUGAUCAUCCUCCAGGAAAUCUCUCUCUACUCAUAUCACACCUGACUGUAGAGGAUGGAGGAUGGUACAGCUGUGAGAUCAACAACAAAAUCAGUACAGACAUCAAACUCACAGUAAAAGCCUCAGAGAGACCUUCAAGUUCUACACCAAAGAACAAACCAGAUGUCAUAAGUACAACACCAACCCUGAUGGACAGUGAAAAAGGAUUUGAAACAGAUGAAGAUUCCAACCACUCACCUCCUUACAACAUCAUCGUCAUCAUCAGCUCUAGUGUUGCUGCUGUUCUGCUGCUGCUUCUGCUGAUACUCGGAGGAGUCAUGUACUGGAAAUACAGAGGACAGAGACAAGGACAGACCAAGAUCAGUGAUGGACAGAGGACACAUCAGAAGAAACAGGACAUUAAUGAACCUCUGAAAUUAACUGUAACAUCAGACCCUACGUAUGAAGAAGUACACAAACAGAAUGAAUCGGAUGUUCUGUAUGCAGAUAUAAAUCCAGAAACUAAACACAAGAAAGCAGUAGCCAAGGAUGAUUCUGAUGUACUGUAUGCAGUUAUAAAUCCAGAAACUAAACUCAAGAAAGCAGUAGCAAAGGAUGAUGUGACGUACUCAUCUGUAGCCCACAAUAACACUGGGAGAGCAGCACACAGUCCAGUGACAUCAGUGGAUACUACAGUAUACGCCAGCAUCAAAACAAACUAACACACACACACACACACACACACACACACACACACAAAGACACAAACACACACACA